CUUUCCCCAACAUCUCCUCCCGCUCCAAGUCCCAAACCCCUUCCGGCGGCCAAGCAACACACCCUCCCUUCUCCCCCUCCCGAAGCAGCGAUGGCCCCCAAGGCGGAGAAGAAGCCGGCGGCGAAGAAGCCUGCGGAGGAGGAGCCCGCGGCGGAGAAGGCCGAGAAGGCCCCUGCCGGGAAGAAGCCGAGGGCCGAGAAGCGGGUUCCGGCGGGCAAGACCGCCUCCAAGGAGGGCGGCGAGAAGAGGGGCAGGAAGAAGGGCAAGAAGAGCGUCGAGACCUACAAGAUCUACAUCUUCAAGGUGCUGAAGCAGGUGCACCCUGACAUCGGCAUCUCCUCCAAGGCCAUGUCCAUCAUGAACUCCUUCAUCAACGACAUCUUCGAGAAGCUCGCCGGGGAGGCUGCCAAGCUCGCCCGCUACAACAAGAAGCCCACCAUCACCUCCAGGGAGAUCCAGACCUCCGUACGCCUCGUCCUCCCUGGGGAGCUCGCCAAGCACGCCGUCUCCGAGGGCACCAAGGCCGUCACCAAGUUUACCUCCUCUUAGAUCGCGUCGCCUGUAUCUAGUAGCAAAUGUAGUUCCUUGCUGUUGGCUUAGUGCUUGUCUGUGGACUCUGGUUAUCUGCAAGUAAUAUUAGUCCUACUGUUGGAUGAAAA